CACAAGUUGAAUAUUCAUCAUGAAAGUGUUGAUAACUAUUCUGGCUUUGGCUGUCGCCUCUGCCUCGGCAUUCGAGGAGGUUGUACAUCCCAAGGACCUUGCAAAGGUCAACAAGAUCGAAGGUCGCAUUACCAAUGGCUACCCAGCCUAUGAAGGUAAAGCUCCUUAUACUGUUGGCUUGGGCUUCAGCGGCGGCUGGUGGUGCGGUGGCUCCAUCAUAGGCCACACCUGGGUCCUAACUGCCGAGCACUGCACGGGUAGUGAUGUGACAGUAUACUUUGGUGCCACCUGGCGCACUAACGCCCAGUUCACCCACUGGGUCAGCCGCAACGACAUCAUCAACCACCACAACGCUGAUAUUGCGUUGAUCCGCAUUCCCCACGUGGACUUCUGGCACAUGGUUAACAAGGUUGAGCUACCCAGCUACAAUGAUCGCUACAAUGACUACAACGAAUGGUGGGCUGUUGCUUGCGGCUGGGGCGGCACCUACGAUGGUAGCCCAUUGCCCGAUUGGCUUCAGUGCGUCGAUCUGCAGAUCAUUCACAACUCCGAGUGCCAGCGAACAUAUGGUUCUGGAACUGUUACCGACAACAUUCUCUGUGUGCGAACUCCUGAUGGCAAGUCAACCUGCGGUGGUGACUCUGGCGGACCAUUGGUCACACAUGACGGCAACAAACUGGUCGGCGUGACCAACUGGGUCUCAGCUGCCGGUUGUCAAUCUGGACAUCCAUCUGGCUUCCAGCGUGUUACCUAUCACUUGGACUGGAUCCGUGACCACACUGGA